AUGUGUUCACAUGUACGGGACAACAGCUUCUCCUCAGCAGUGUGCGCGCGCGGGUUCUUCACGUUCUUCUCCUGCAGAACCUUCUUACUGGACAACUUUCCCGCUUGCGCAAUGGGACAGAGUGUGUGUCCGGCCCUCGGUGUGGAUUGUGUAGUUGUGGAGUAUCGGCUCGUGUCGGUGGUUGAAGAGUGAAAAACAGGGUGUUGUUGGUGGUGUGGUGGUGUUUUUUUUGCCACUCUCACCCCCCUCACCACACAGUGUUGGAGUUGGAGUUGGAGGGCCAAGAUGGCCGCUGAUCCAUUGCAGGGUCACAUGGUGUCAGAUCGGCUGGGCCUAGGCCAUCACCUGGACCUGUCGGACACCAUGGUGCAGCAGAAGCUGGACGAGAUCCGCGAGCAGAUCAAGCGCGAGAUCCGAAAAGAGCUAAAGAUCAAGGAGGGAGCGGAGAACCUGCGGCGUGUCACCACCGACAAGAAAAGGCUGGCCUACGUGGACACUAUGCUGAAGAAGAGCAACAAGAAGGUGGAGGAGCUGCACCAGGAACUGCAGGAACUCAACGCUCACAUCGUAGUCAAGGAUCCAGAGGAGCUCCUGUUAGAAUGCCCUCUGACCCCGGACACGCCGAACAGCGAGAGCCGCCUGGCAGCGCUGAAGAAGCAGAUCCACAUCGAGCUGAAGGUGAAACAGGGAGCAGAGAACAUGAUCCAGAUGUACUCCAACGGCUCGUCCAAGGAUCGGAAGCUCCUGGCUGCCGCACAGCAGAUGCUACAGGACAGUAAGAUGAAAAUCGAGUUCAUCAGGAUGCAAAUUCUGAAAGCGAGCCAGAGUCACGAGCUCAGCUUCGACACUCAACAGCUAAUCGAGAAACCUAUUAUCAGUCCUCUGGACCUGAGGGUGGAGGAACUGUGUCAUCACGCUCGUAUCGAGCACGCUGUAGCUGAAGGAGCAAAAAACGUCAUGAAGCUGCUCGGUUCGGGCAAACUGGCUGAGAAGAAGACUCAUUCUGAGGCUCAGGCUCGCUUUAAUGAGUCGAGUCAGAAGUUGGACCUGUUGAAGUUGUCGUUGGAGCAGCGUCUGAGUGAACUUCCUCCUCAGCAUCCCAAGAGCAGCGUGAUCAUGGAGGAGCUGGUGUUCAUGAGCUCUGCUGCCCUGAGCCCGAGACACAGCCUCGUCUCCUCACACACACACACACUGUCACCGUACAGCACUCUGGCUAAACCUGCUGCACUCACCGGAACGUUAGACGUGCGGCUGAUGGGAUGUCAGGACCUGCUGGAAAACGUUCCUGGACGCUCGAAGACCGUGACGGCGUCUCUGCCCAGCUGGAGCCCCAGCGAUACGCGUUCGUCCUUCAUGAGCCGCCACAGUCGCAGCCGCAGCCUCUCGAAAACUGACGAGCUUUCCAAUGAGAUCAGCGCUGUGUUGAAGCUCGAUAACACUGUAGUUGGACAGACGAGCUGGAAACCCAUCAGUAAUCAGUCAUGGGAUCAGAAGUUUACGCUCGAACUCGAUCGGUCCCGCGAGCUGGAGAUCUCCGUGUAUUGGCGUGACUGGCGUUUUCUCUGCGCCGUGAAGUUCCUCCGCCUCGAAGACUUCCUGGAUAACCAGCGUCACGGCAUGUGUCUGUACCUGGAGCCGCAGGGGACGCUGUUCGCCGAGGUGACCUUUUUUAAUCCCGUGAUCGAGAGGAGAACCAAACUGCGGAGACAGAAGAAGAUUUUCUCCAAGCAGCAAGGGAAGACGUUCGUCAGGGCUCCACAGAUGAACAUGAACAUGGCGACGUGGGGGCGACUGCGCAGAGCGAUUCCCUCCAUCAGCAACUCGUUCAGUCCACAGAGUCCCACAGAGCAGGGAACAGAGCCGGGACGCAGGGUUCAUCCUCACACACACACCAGUGACUCACCGGUGUCCAAGCUGGACUUCGAAAAAGACACAACGUCCAGCUCCAAGCGGAACUCACUGGGCCAAACCCGAGAAGCUUUUCAGGACGAGAAGCUCCACAAAGAACGAGUGCAGGACGUGCUGAGAUCAUUUGACUUCCUAAACAACAGGAACAGUGUAGUGGGAGCCUCAGAGCUGAAGAACACGGCAGAGGAGGAUCUCCGGAUGGAAACCCCACGGCUGGAGAUGAUCGCUGGACGGAAGCGCCGGGAGAUCAGAGAUGAUGAGGAUGAUGAAGAGGAGGAGGAGCAGUUCCAUUUCAGUCUCAGAAACUUUAAAUGCAUCGCAGUGUUGGGACGCGGACAUUUUGGGAAGGUUUUAUUAGCAGAGUACAGCAUCACAGGAGAGAUGUUCGCCAUCAAGGCCCUGAAGAAAGCAGACAUCGUGGCUCGUGAUGAAGUCGACAGCCUGAUGUGCGAGAAGAGGAUCUUCGAGACGGUGAACAGCGUCCGUCACCCGUUCCUCGUCAACCUGUUCGCCUGCUUCCAGACCAAAGAGCACGUGUGUUUCGUGAUGGAGUACGCGGCAGGAGGAGACCUCAUGAUGCACAUCCACGCCGACGUCUUCUCAGAACCUCGCGCCAUGUUUUACGCGGCCUGCGUGGUCUUGGGGUUGCAGUUUUUACACGAGCGCAGGAUCGUGUACAGAGACCUGAAGCUGGAUAAUUUACUGCUGGACAUUGAAGGCUACGUGAAAAUCGCAGACUUUGGUCUUUGUAAAGAAGGAAUGGGCUUUCAGGACCGGACGAGUACCUUUUGUGGUACGCCGGAGUUUCUGGCCCCUGAGGUGCUCACGGAGACGUCAUAUACCCGCGCUGUGGACUGGUGGGGACUCGGAGUUCUCAUCUUCGAGAUGCUGGUCGGCGAGUCUCCGUUUCCCGGUGAUGAUGAAGAGGAAGUGUUCGACAGCAUCGUGAACGACGAGGUGCGCUACCCGAGGUUUCUUUCCACCGAAGCCAUCUCCAUCAUGAGGAGGCUGCUGAGGAGGAAUCCAGAGCGACGUCUGGGAGGAGGAGAGCGUGAUGCAGAGGAGGUCAAGAAACAUCUGUUCUUCCGCAACAUGGACUGGAACGGACUCCUGGCCAAGAAGGUGAAACCUCCAUUCAUGCCGACGAUCCGCGGCGCGAGCGACGUCAGCAACUUCGACGACGAGUUCACGUCAGAGGCGCCGGUGCUCACGCCUCCCAGAGAGCCACGCCCACUAAACCGGGACGAGCAGGAGAUGUUCACCGACUUCGACUACAUCGCUGACUGGUGUUAGCUACCACAUGCGUGCAUGCUCGCUAGCUAGCUCACCCGGACCUCGAUAACCACUGUGAACUCGGCUCUGCUUCCACUUCCUGUUCCACCCAGGACGCUUUCAGAACUUCUACAAAAAUAAAACCCUCUCUCUUUACGAACAAGGACAAGUGCCACACCUCCAGCACACAAGUCCCGCCUACUCGCGAGAAAACGCACUUAAGUUUAAAUGUUUUAAUGAAAACGAUUUUCGAA